UUUAAAAGCUCACUUGGCUACUGGGUGGAGAGUGGAUUGGAGGAGAGUGGAAGCAACAAACUUUCUGAGUUUGCACGUUUGCAAGGUGGUGAGAAUGCCCUUCCGGUGCAGGGCCGUGGUGAGUAACGGUAGGGAAACAGUUCCCAGGAAUUUCCUUGGCACUGGAGCAGCGGCCUGGAAUGCAGAAGGCCGAGUCUCCGACCUGGUUGGAUGGCGCGCGGCAGGCAGUCCCUCCAAGCCCUUGGUACAGACCUGGGGACCUGGGGACUGCACCCGAGCGCGGCACCUUUAGUUGAGCGCUGAGGCGGCCGUUAGGCGGCGCCAGGGGCUCAGCGGUCCGAACGAGAGGAGGCCCCGCCCACCAUUCAGCUCGGCGCUCGGCAGCAGUGGCCUGCUGAGGGCAGGGCGGGGGCGUGGCCUCGGCAGGGGCGCCGGAUGUCGAGCUCCCAAGGCGACGGCACGGGGCGGGGCCUGCGCGCGGGGGCGGGGCCGCAGCGACUCCCGGCAGGCUGGCACGGAUGGCGACGGCGUACGGUCCCUGACUUGGCUGGGGCUAUGAGCGCCGCCCGGCCCCAGUUCAGCAUCGAUGACGCCUUCGAGCUGUCCCUGGAGGACGCGGGCCCUGUGCCCGAGUCCAGCGGGGUCUCCCGCUUCGGACCGCUGCACUUCGAGCGCCGGGCCCGGUUCGAGGUGGCCGAUGAGGACAAGCAGUCCCGGCUGCGCUACCAGAACCUGGAGAACGAUGAGGAUGGAGCCCAGGCCUCUCCAGAGCCAGAUGGAGGAGUCAGCAUCAGGGAUUCCUGCCGAACAUCCAUCCGUAGCUCGCAGUGGUCUUUUAGCACCAUCAGCAACAGCACACAGCGCUCCUACAAUGCCUGCUGCAGCUGGACUCAACACCCUUUGAUCCAGAAGAACCGCAGGGUAGUGCUGGCCUCCUUCCUGCUGUUGCUGCUGGGGCUCGACAUUUCCCAGGGCCUGUCAGGUGCCCUGCUCAGAAAACAGAGCUUGGUGAGCUUACCCGGGAGGGUCUCUGCACAUGGGGACCUUCAGCUCAGGUGGGGGACACACCAUUCUUCAGGCCUAAGCCCUGUUGGGGGUUGCGGGUGGAGGUCCCCACCCUGCCCCCUGCUUCCUCCCUCACCCUCGAGGCUUCAUCUGUGUGCAGUGCUGAUCCUGAUCGGCGUGGGACUGGAGGUGGCCCCCUCGCCAGGUGUCUCCAGCGCCAUCUUCUUCGUGCCUGGCUUUCUCUUGUUGGUCCCGGGAGGUGCGAGCAGGCGCCGGUCUACCACGUGAUCUUCAUCUACUGUGCGGUCAAGGGCCACCGAGGCUUCCAGUUCUUCUACCUGCCCUACUUCGAGAAGUGAGCUGACAGCAGACGGCCGGGAUCCACGUCUUCCCCGGCGACCUGUGCAGCCUCCUCGUGUCCCCAGGGGGCGCGCCUCAGCCCGUGCCGCUCCGGUCCUUCAUAUCAACGGAAAAGCCCCUUCAGGACCCUCGAACCUCCAGCCGGGUCUGGAAUUUGCUCAGGAAGCUUGGGACCCGCGGGCCCCGGGUCCACUACCUGGGCCUGGGAAAGUCGCCCCCUCGCCUGCUCUGUGCCUUAACUUAUUCUCAGGCCCUGAGGCUUCUGGGUCCGUGGUGUCUUGUGCUAAUAAAUGGGGUACUUAUAGCCA